AUGCUACCGAAGCAGAAGAGCAUGCCUCUCGUAUUUGCAGGACUCAUGUUGACGGUCUUCUUGGCGGCGCUAGAUCAGACAAUCGUGGCAACUGCAUUGCCUACCAUUGCACAGGAUCUUGGUGCGAAUGAAAAUGAAUACGCGUGGAUCGGCUCUGCCUACUUGCUGACGUCCGCUGCUCUGGUGCCACUUUGGGGUACCUUGUCAAAUAUUGUUGGCAGGAAGCCUAUUCUGUAUGGAUCCAUCUUUGUGUUCCUAGUCGGCUCAGCACUCUGUGGCGCUUCUCAGUCUAUGGGCAUGCUGAUUGCUUCUCGCGCUAUCCAAGGAAUUGGUGGUGGAGGACUCAUUACGAUGUGCCAAAUUGUCAUCUCAGAUAUUGUCAGCCUCGAGGAAAGGGGUAAAUAUGGUGGUCUCAUCGGAUCUACUUGGGGUAUUGCAUCCGUGGUCGGUCCCAUUCUCGGUGGAGCACUCGCUGAAAAGGUCUCUUGGCGAUGGUGCUUCUUCAUCAAUUUACCAACUGGCGGAGCGGCAGCUGCUGUGUUGUUCAUCUGCCUGAAUCUGAAUCCGCAUGAGAAGAAGUCAUUCCGACAACUCGCGCAGACGUUCGACUUUGUCGGCUUGCUCAGUCUUAUGGCAGCCACGACCUGUUUUCUGGUCGGCCUGAAUGAAGGUGCUGCCGGCAUGUGGCUCUCUUUCCAAGGAAUAGGCCUGCUCGUCCUAGCUGGCGUGUUUCUCGUCAUUUGUCUCAUCACAGAAUUCAAGACGAAGCGCAAUCCGGUGCUGCCACCAAGAUUGUUCCAACACCGCACAUCUGGCUCAAUUCUCAUCAGUGUUCCCUUCCACGCCAUGACGUUCUUCUCAGGCGCUUACUACCUACCCAUCUACUUUCAGGGUAUCAAUGGAUCUUCCGCCACCUUCUCAGGUGUCGAGAUGCUGCCAUUUUCACUGGGCGCUGCACUCGUCGCCAUUAUUUCAGGACAAGUUGUCUCCCGCACAGGCCGGUACAAGCCAGUCUCUGUUGGUGGCUAUGCCAUGCAAGUCCUUGGAUUUGGGCUCAUGGCAUCGCUCACAUCUAGGAGUAAUCGCGCUGAACAAGAAAUUUACAUCUUGAUUGCCGCACUUGGUAUUGGUUGCAAUUUCCAAACACCCUUGAUUGGUUUACAAGCAUCUAUGCCUGUCAAAGACAUGGCAGUCAGUACAUCCGGUAUGGUCCUCCUCCGUGCCAUCGGUGGAAGUAUCGGUAUCACUAUCGGUGGCGCCAUCUAUUCAAGUCAACUCGCAAAACGGUUACCAGCUGCAUACCGCACAACGAGCAACAUCGAAGCUGUUGCUGGUCUGGUCAAAAUUAACCCAGCGUCUCUCAGACUAGAGGUGUUGGACGACUAUGCGGAUGCUAUUCGAACAAUCUGGAUUGUCAUGACACCACUCGCUGCUCUUGCUCUACUUUCUUCCCUGUUCCAGCGCGAGAUUUCAUUGAAACGUGCUGUUCAGCGUGGGUUGACCAAGAAGGUGGAUGCAGACGAUGAAGCUGCUAUUGCCAUGGAUGAGAGCAAAGGCCAAGGCGAGAGCGCGACCACGUCUGUGCAUUCGACUGAUGCUGUUCCAUCACGGGCGACCACAGCUGUGGUUGAAAGCAAUGCUCUGGCGGCAGACAAGGCUGUUGUUGUAUAA